AUGUGGGCUGCCGGCGGUGGCAGUGGCAUUGGUGGCAGGCUGGUCUCGUCUGCCUCCAGGCUAAUGUCGCACACUUCUGUGUUUUCAGUAGCUGUACGUGUGGCCAUUUCAAGGAAAACAUUUAAUGGGUCAUCAGUGUCCACGCGCAGUGUGUUUAUGGAGCCUUCGGCCUAUCCGUGGCGAAAGCCACCUAGAGACCAUCCCUAUGAGGGUGGAAAUGGGCGGCCAAGAAGCAAGUCUUGGCGAUACUCUGCAUAUCUAAAGGUAUUUUUUAUUUUAACUUCUAGGCAAAAAGAAAGCGAAUUCGAGCCAAAAAAGAACACAAGAAGCGAUCGAUAA